UGACAUUUCAUUUAAUUGUGCAAUUUCGCGAUUUUCUAUACACACACACGUGGACAGGCUUUGCCCCUCCGUUUAGCACAAGAGCUGGCCUAGGCAAUUGUGUAAAUACACACACAUAUGUCUCCCUUGCGCAUUUAGGUUUGUGUGUGGAAUAAAGAUGAUAAAGUGAAGCAACUGUCAAAAACGCCUUGUUUGAAACAUCGAAAUACAAGUGAAUUAACCACCGUUGCUGUCGCGCGGCCACGUGAAGAAUUUGCUCGUUUAAUAGCCGUGUGUUUCAUCCAGAUUGUAGCAAAUUGAUAAAACCAUUGAAAAUAAAUAUAUUGCUGCAAAUAAGUGAAGUGAAAAUCUAUAAUAGUGAAUUCAGUAAUAGAAAUUUUAAUUUCUCGCCGGUAUGUGAAUGCAUUGUGAGGUUAAAAUCGUAAAAGCGGGCGCGGAAGCUAAGCGCUAAAGCAAAAGCACAGGCGAGCACGUUGUUGAACUGACAUCAAUCGCAUGAGAUAUUUAAAAUUUAAGCUAUUUUCUAAACCAAACAAAUAAGUUUUAGAAAGAAAAUAUUAAGGAUAAAGUACAACAUAACGGUGUUUAAAUAGAGUUAAAUUACAAUUUGCGACAAAAUGGAUUCACGGCUUUUAAACGUUUUUCACGAUGAUCCGUUCGACGGCAGUUACGCACAACUUAAUACAGACUUCUGGUCUAGUGAAAAUGACACAAUGGGACAACUUACAGAGACAUUGAAUGGAAUUCUGCCCAUAGCAGCAGAUGACGAGCACGAUGCCGAUAUGUACAAUAACGCUAUGCUCGCAACAGAGGACAAUUUUCGGAUAGCAAAUAAAAGAGAUGUUUCAACGAAUUUUCAAAAUAAAGAAUUGCUGUUUUACGAUGAUUUUGCGCAGCAUCAAUUGCCCGCCGAUGGUGGUAUCGAAAUCAUUACUGUGGAUCCUAAUUCAUUAGACUCGGAUUCAGAGGAUUCAACGACCGACGAUAAUGAUAUGUCAAGCGCUGAAGACAAGAAUAUCGUCAUGAAAUAUGCAGAUUUCGAUGAUAAUCAAAGUCAAUAUAGUGAUGCCACCUUUCGUACGCGCACUGAUAGUUCCUCUAUUGGUGACUAUGAGUCACACACAAGCGACUAUGAUGAUAGUACAGAUGACGAAGAAAUUGCCGGCGACGUGUUAAACAAUCAGCUGGUUGGCAUAAAUCAGGACAAAAAACCAGACGCACUACUAUUAGGCAUAGAUGAAAUUCCAGACUUAACAGCCGGUCUAUUAGCUCCCGACGGUAUAGAUUUAGACGCCGGCUUUCAGUUGCCCUUAGAAGAUAUUGCCGCGGGUAAUAAAAAUCGUACCAUGAGCACAAACACUAUCGGCUCAGACGUCGACGUAAAUAAUUUCGAUUUAGCGGAAUUUAUAACCAAUGAUGAUUUAACAUUAACUGUACCAAAAGUGAAUUCACAAAUUAAUCAUAAUAUAAUAGCAACUAAUAAAGCUGUAGCAACAAAACGCUUAGCAAUACCUGUAAAAAGCAAUAUCGACUCGGAUUCCGAUGCUGAAUCGGAUGUCAUUGUUGAUAUUGAGACUGUAGAUGCAGAUAUGGAUAAAUCUUUGUGGAAAAUGGCAACUGGAAGUGCUGUUGCCACAGCAGAUAAUGCUAUAAACGAUGUUGUAUAUGAAGAUAAUGUAAAGAAGGACCCAUCGUGGAGUCCUAAACCCACAAAAAAGCAGGAUAAUAUACCAAAAGAGACAAAAGUACGACCAACUACCACAAUAACAGUCCCAAGUCAUACUACAACUCCAACUACUAAUAAUGCGCCAAAUACAAGAAACUUCACAAUUGUACCAAACAAGCGCCAAUGUGACAUACUUAAAGGCAAAUCUGGCGCAAUUAAAAAUAAGUCAACUACAAAACAGAGUGUAGGCAAAUCUGCAGCUAAGAAAGGGUCAGAGACCACAGCGGGCAAUGUCUCAAAGGCUGGUUCACUCACAUGCAGAGUUGGCGUGGGUCAAGGUGGUAAAAAUUUAGCUUUGCUUUCUCAAAGUUAUUCUGCGAAUGAUACCAAACCGGCGUCAAAUAAUAAAACUACAGAAGUAGUAGAGGAGAAACCAAAGGUGAUACAGCCAACUGUAGAGGAAAAACAAAUUGCGCCCAAAGAGAGUGAAAAAGUAGAAACUAUGGAACAAACUAAAUUUGCAGUCAAACGUAAAUUAAAUUUAGAAGAAUAUAAGCGACGACGUGGGGACAAUAACAUAACUGGGCACACAGAAAGCGCUAAGGCGUUCACAGAACCUCAAGUUACUAGUGCAAGCGUUGUACAGAGCGUGUCAGUAAAACACAGUAAGGAAGUAACCACCGUUGUGAAAACGCUUAGAAAUCAGAGUAAUCAAAAACUACCAGUCGAUCCUAUCACCGAGGCUAAAAAUAAGGUACUACGCAUGCAAGAGUUGAAGCGUGCACAGCAAUUGAAAAUUAUAGAUUCCACAAUAUCGGCAAAAGUACCGCGUGUCACAAAGUUGCCACCACUCAAGGAUAUUGUUAAGGACACCUACUGCAGUGUCAAGGAUCAACAAAAUCAAACUGCGACUGGCUCUAAGUUACACCCCGAUUAUGAGGAAGUGAUUAUCGUAUCAGCUGGCAGUAAUACAGAUAUUAGUAUACCACCGCUUAAUAUAUUACCAAUUAAUACUUGCGAACGCUCGCUGCUCAAAUCAUCUGCGUUGCUGUAUAACAUGCCAAGUGGACUGUCAUCGAGUAGCUCAUUGAUCGCCAGCAUACAGGAUGUUGUUGUACAAAAGGUUGUGGGACCUGAGAAGUCUGGCAUGACGAAUGCUGUUACAACACCGGUUACCGAGAAAACACAAAAGGAGGCUGAACAACACGGCGAAGACAAGGUUAUUAUGCAUUUGCGUAAGGAUAGAAUACGACCACGUACGGUCAGUAUGGGCAUACAGACUGAUCCGCAACCUGGUUUUGCCCGUCUUCCUAAAAUUCCACUAAAACAGCGUGCUGAACGAAGUUAUCGGAAGCAAAGCGGCAAAGCCGUUGUAGAUGAGACCGAUAGUGAUGUUUCGUGCGAUCGCACUUAUAAUCGCCAACGUAAUCGUAGUCGUAGUCCCAUCAAUCGUUCACGUAGUCGUUCCGCCGAGAGUAUAGCUUCGUCAACGGAACGUAACAGUAACACACGUCAGUCGGACAUGGCCGGUGGCUAUUCGUCAAGAAGUAGUCGUCGUCAUCGUAGUUCCAUAAGUUCAUCUUAUUCCGAAUCGGGACGCAUGUCACGCAAUACACAACGCCAACCACGUACAAGCUACAAGAAACGUACAAAAAAAUAUGCGCGCGAUUCGUCGGCUUCAUCGUCAUCAUCUUCGGAUAUGUCGGAACGCAGUAGAAAUCGCAGCCGCAGCCGCAGUCCAUACUAUCGGCGUUCAUAUUCAAGAUCACGUUCACGCUCACGUUCCAUUUCGCGUGCGAGCAGUCGCUUCCGAAAGCCGGGUGCGAACAAAAACUUCGCCAACAACAAUGUCUCACAGCCAGCUGUUGAAGAGCGUCGCAUUGUUUAUGUGGGACGUAUUGAAGAGGAAACGACAAAAGAGAUGUUGCGUCGCAAAUUCUUACCCUAUGGCACUAUCAAACAAAUUUCGAUACACUACAAAGACACGGGCAUGAAAUAUGGUUUUGUCACCUACGAACGUUCACAAGAUGCGUUCACAGUUAUAGAUGGCAGUGCACGUGAUCCCACAAUCAACAUGUAUGACAUUAGUUUCGGUGGCAGACGUGCUUUUUGUCGCUCCUCCUAUGCUGAUUUAGAUAAUGCCGGCAUUAAUACGUAUCAUUCGAUCGUAUUUCCAAAAGUGGAGGCGCCACCGAAACAAGAAGAUUCAUUCGAAGCGCUAUUGCAGAAAGUAAAAGCGAAAAUCAGCGCCAAUAAAUCAGGUACUGGCGUGAAUGCACCCAAAGCAUGACGUCGGCAAUGGAGAGCCAAUGCCAUAGAUUGUGGCCAACUUCUAUGUAUGAAAUGCUGACUUUUGUAAUUGAGUGGCAUAUAUAUAGUGGUUUUCGUAUUUACACUUACAUUUAGUUCGUUGUAUGCUAUAACAAUUCCAAAUUGAAUUACCGUUAUACAUACGUAUGUAUACAACACUGAAUCCUAACUUUAUUUUUCUAUAAAAUAUACUUUCAUAAAUUAAGUUUAGUUUCUAUAACUUAAAUAUUUUUUUUAAUGAAUUGCUUAUUGUAUAAUAUAUAUAUACAUAUAUGAAAUAUCCGUGCUUGAAUAAUAUAUAAUUCAGCAUAGUACUGAUGAUUACCUAUUAGCUGCAAUAGCAUGUGAAGAAAAGUGUAAACAAGCAUUGGAUGCAUUAUUGAACUGUGAAAUUGUAAAGUUUUGUAUAUGCAAAACUGAAACACACAACAUUCUUGCACAAGCAGCAGCAAGUUUGUUUGUGACCUAUUACCGUUUCUCAACGUGCAUUGUUGGCUAAUAAGCAAUGUGAUAAUAGAAGCCACAGUCAUUUAUUGCAAAUAAGUUGAACUGCUUUAUAGUAAAUGAGGGAAACCCGUAAUAAACAGUAAGUUACAUAUAUUUUAUAUAUGUAUGAAUGGACAACAUAAUGAAUUUAACGCAUACGUAGAAGACCAUAGUCAAAGCUGACAUACAUAUACAUACAUGCAUAUAUAAAUUGCUAGUUUUUACCAUUACAAUAGAUUUAUUUGUAAAUUUUUGUACAUUUGUAAACGAAACAUGCAACAAACAAAC